GAUUGGCCCGCCUCCGGUGAGGCCGCGCCGCGAUUGGACGGCGGUGUUUACCAGCUGGUACCCCGGCGCUGCUCCGGUACUCCCGGGCCGUAGAGGGGGGAACAGAACGGAGAGACAAGCGGCGCCAUUAUUGUAAGGGGUUACAUUUAGCUGGCCGUGGGUUGUAGUACGCGGCGUUCGGGAUAGGGGGCUAUAGUACCUUCAUGCAUGGCCCAUAAAGGAUUCGUCGACUAUCCGAGAAGUACGCAAGAAACGGCUUCUAACACCUGACAGGGGCCACGCUCUUCUCUUCUCUCUCCUCGUGCCGUCGCCGGGUUCACCGUCGCCCAAUUUCCGAGCCUGGGACCACGGAUUGGGUGGGCCCGGCGAGAAGAAGGACCCGGUGCGCGCGGCCGCCCUUUAUCGCCGAUUUUUCUCCCGAUACCCGGAUGGAUUGGUAAUCACGCCGAGGGGGCCGAGGGAGCGGCAGGAUUGAAAUUUCGCGACGCGACGCCAAGAUCACACACACUCACCGAAUCUCACUCCCGGCGAUCGCGGAGAGGAGGGACAUGCCAUUUGCGAUCGCGGACGGCCGGUGAUUCGUGGUCAGUCGUCCCCGGUCACCGCAUCCCGCCGCGUUCGGUAUUGUUAUUGUGAUAAUGUGCCGUAGUUGCGUAAGUGGCAGUAAAAGUGGACCUUGAUCGCCGUGGACCCGGAAAGAAGCGAUAAAGCGCCAGACGGAAGGGAUUACUCCGAGGUUCCUUCGCCAAGUUUAUCCGAGAGAGAGAGAGAGAGAGAGAGAGAGAUUUCCCCGAGAGUGUGUUGCCGGUGUGAUCCGCGGCUCGCGAGACGGAUUACGCUCGAGGGAGACGAUGAGGCGGCAGCAGCAACACCAGCAGCAGCAGCAGCAGUGGCAACAACAGCGGCAACAACAGCAGCAGCAGCAGCAGCGGCAGCCGGCGGACGUGUCGCCACGGUGUCGGUGUUGAGACACUCGUCCCGGUCGUCCGGCCCGGGCGUGUCUUCGGCAUCGGCUCCACAUCGGCACCGACAGGCGAUAUGAGUACGAAAUUCAUAAUUGAUAGUAUGCUACCUGCUAAGUACCAACAAUUCCACCCGCAACAGUUGUUCUCAAGCGCGGCACCAGGUACCAUUCAGGCGUGCACGACCAGCCCGGCCACCGCGAGCCUAGAAUCGAGUCUAUCCGCGGCUGCAGUUGCGGCCGCGGCGGUCAAUUACGCACAGCAGCACAACUCGCCGAGCCCGACGGGUUCGAGUCCCCAGCACUCGGGAAGCUCCGCGUCCACGUCACCGGCGGCGCGCACCAGCAUGUAUCCGUACGUGUCCGCCGCAGCGGCGCACCAUCAUCACCAGCAGCAGCAGGCGGUCGCGGCCGCCGCGUUCGGCGCCACGUCGAGCAUGGUGCCCGGCUUCGGCUCCUCCGCGGCCUCGAGCGCAGCCCUCGCCGCCGCCGCCGCCGUCGACGCCGCCACCGCCGGCGACAAGUCCUGCCGUUACACGGCCAGCCUCACCGGCAACGUCACCCCCGCGUCGGCCGAUCCCAUGGUUAACUACACCCUCGGCCACCAUCACCAGAACGGCGCUACGCCCGGUAGCCUCGUCUCCUCCGCGUCGGCAUCCUCGGCCGUCUCGGCCGCCUCCGCCUCCAUGGCAGCGGCGGCACAGUUCUACCAUCAGGCGGCCGCCGCCUCGGCCGUCGUCGAUCCCUUGACGUCCUGCCAACAGCCCACCACCGGCCAGCCCGGCAUCUCGGACAUACCUCGGUACCCAUGGAUGUCCAUUACCGAUUGGAUGAGUCCAUUUGACAGAGUGGUGUGCGAUUUCUUAACAUUUUCAGGUCCGAACGGCUGCCCGAGGCGCAGAGGUCGGCAAACGUACACGCGGUUCCAAACACUGGAAUUAGAAAAAGAAUUUCACUUCAAUCACUAUUUGACGCGACGACGGCGAAUAGAAAUCGCGCACGCACUCUGCCUGACGGAACGACAGAUCAAGAUCUGGUUCCAGAAUCGGCGAAUGAAGUUGAAAAAGGAGUUGAGGGCGGUGAAAGAAAUCAACGAGCAAGCCAGACGCGAGCGCGAGGAGCAAGAUAUGAUGAAGAAACAGCAGGCGGAGAAACAGGCCAAGUUGCAGCAGGAGCAGCAGAGCGCCGCCCUUCAGCAUCAGCAACAGCAUCACGUAAGCGGCCUGGAAAAAACGCAAAGCGAUCUUCUGAAGGCAGUCAGUAAGGUACCCACAUAGGAUACCUUACUGAGCCGACUCUCUUUCUUUUAAGGAAGACACAAGAGACUGGAGCGGCCUGGACGAAGACUCCGAAGCGAAGUAGUUGGUAAGGUCGAUCACGUAGAAGAUCCUGAGUUCUCUUCCUCUCAUCUUCGCACGCGAGACACAGGUACGGAACAUCUGACACGCAAAGAUUUCGGCGAUCUUCCUCGAGUCGGUGAGCGGGCGCUCGCGAGUAGAGGACCCUGCGGAUGCGGUCAUCGGUCCUUUUUUUACCAAGGGGGGGGGGAAGAUAGCGAGGAUUUAGGAAGCCUGGAAGAUACACAGAGCGCGAUCUCCUCCGGGCGACCGAAAAACAAAAAGAAAGGUACGACGAAUGCCUUGCAGAAUCGGUUCUCUCUUUUGUUUUUUUUAAAGCAAGAAAGAAGAAAAAUAAGUAGAUGUUACGAUAGUAAAAACUCGAAGCAUAUAGAGAAUGAACGCACCCCACCCCAGCUACGUACUUACUUGGCUAGCCUCCGAAGGGCGGGCAUGCGAAACCGCCUUGCACGGGGCUCAGCCUGUGACUGAUUCCUAGAACGUAUAAUGUAUAUUGUUAAUCGGGUGCUACACAAUGAGCCAUCGCGAUUAUCAAGCGAUGAACGUACGAAUUGGCGCGAUACUGCCAUGGACAGCCAAUAAUUACGUCGAGGCGGUGAGUAGAUUAGUUAAAUGGGCCGAAACUAAAGGGUUAAUUGGUCGUAUGGGCCGACAGAAAUCAUUAACGACGACAUUUCGAUUUUAAUUGAUCGAACUCUGCGAGAAGGAAGCGACUAAAUCAAACUGCGCAAGCGAGCCGGCAUCUAAGAGACCAGCGAGAUAAGAGUUUGGCUAAUCUUCGAUUCAUCGUUCUACCUUGUACCGUGCGAAUUUUCGUUGAUUAGCUUCAUCUCCCGUGUAGGAAGCAUCAUCCGUUCCGGAGGAAGAAUUACGGUGCGCGCAGUCUCGGGAAAACGGUUUCAUCAUUUUCGACGUUGAAAUGUUUUACCGUCGACGUCGAACGCUUCCUUCGUACGAUCACUAAACGAAAUUACAAGAGGCGUAAAAUUUGCGACGUUCUCGUUGCAACUACGAACGUGUCUCUCGCGCGAUUGCGGACUUCCGGUAACUCCGAUACUCCUUCUAGAUAUCGGUCUACGAUUAGAAGUAACGGGCGUACACGAGUAUUUUCCCCUACGUCGCUCUUCUUUUUUUUUAUUCAAUUAAAGGCAUUUAAUAUCUGCACGUUCACUUUUCAAACGAAUUAGCUGAACAUUACCAACGCCGAUGUUGCGCGUUAAAAUUCUCAACUGUUUCAUCGAACAAACGGUUUAGUCAUUGGCAGUACAGCAAGUUUUAUCUACUAUGGGUUUUAUAAGGAAAAUUGUAUUUUGCUUGGAGAGAAAGAUCUGAUUUUACAAAUUAGAUUCGCAAUGCACAUGUAAUGUAUGUGUCGUAAAACAACUGUUUCCUUGAAGCUCCUCUUUCGGUACGCUCGGUUUCGCACAAAAAGAGAACCUAUACUCACGGAUAUAAGAAAAACAUACCGCUUGUGUUUUUCAGCCAUUCCGAUACGUCAAUUCAGACAAGUCGCAAGAAACUUUUCGUUAACGAAAUAUAGUAAAUUAUUUUAGACACAAUAAAAAUUUAGGGUAUUUAUUUUUUUACCAACGUGAGUAAAAAAGUAGUAUUCUAUCGUGAGCAAUAAAGUAUCGUUGAAUUCGCGAAUUUUGUCGAGGAAUUUAAGAAAUGUAGAUGUUGUAAUGGAAAGAGAGAGAGAGAGGCAUAAACGCGCUAUUCAGACAUUGAGGAACGAGGUAACGUGCCGUGAGUAUAAUAAACAUUGGUUUUCUCAAGAAUAUAUCUUUCUAAGCAUUGUUUCUCGAAAGCGUGAUAUAGAUGGUAAAUAACUGUACAAUAUGCUUGGCAACCGCACUUUGUCAAGGCUCUGACAACUAAUUGUCUCGAUUAUCCUGCCGUGUCGAUAAACAAGAAAAAAAAAUUAUACAUAUACACAAGUACACGUAACAUACAUUUGAUCUGUUUGUCGUUUCGAGAGAAUGCUUUAAUCGUCGACCUCAAGUUGGGACAAGAACGUUCCGCGUGGUAAAUUCCAUAAUAUAAUUUCUGUAUGACGAUCGGUCAGUCAUUUGAAUUAUAUAAUUUGCCCACUUCUUAAUUGUUCUUCUCAGCCGUGCAUUGGAGUAUACAGAUUCGUAAAUGUUCGCGACUACACGCUAAUUUUUGAUGAAAAUGAAGAACAAACGCGGGAGAAAGUAUAAGCUACACAUGGAUACACGCUCGUAAAUACGUACGAGAAACACGAACCACAUUACCGGACGAGUAUCUCACUCUUAGUACAUUAAAUACGUAAUUUGGUGUCAGGGUAGACUUUUCCAUAGAUAUAGAACCCGUUGUUGGUAUUACUUACUUAGAGUUCGUAAAAAAAGGAAAAGAUAAACAUAAAAGGAAUAACCGAUAUAUAAAUUAUUGCCUAAUUAUUUUUUUCUCCUCCAUGUUAGCGCGAUCGAUGCAUAGGUCCUGAUUUCUUAUCGUAUAAUUCCCUAUCUUGAACAAAUUUUGUCCGACGCGCGUAGGGGGCUAUUCUUAAUUUAAUAGCCACAAAAUAAAAAAUGCACAUUGUUUAAUGCUGAGCAACACAAUGUGCUCAUUUUUCAUUGGUUGUGUAAUUAUCACCCAAAAAAAAUUAAAAAAAACAUAUUUGUUAUUGUUUUUUAGAGGGAUAAGAUCUUAAUCUAAAAGUAUAUAAUUGUGUAUAUCUUUAGAUUAAAUUUUAUCAUAUAUUUGUGGAAUGAGAAAUACGUAAAAUCUGACAAGCAAAUCCCACUUUUUCAGAUUAAGACCGGGAUCUAUUGCAUGGAUCGCCUAAUAACUAUAAUGACGUAAAAUCAUAUUGUACACAAUACCAUAUUAUAUAUUAUUAAAAGUAAUAAGUAUAUAUUAUAUACAUAUAUAUAUAUGGACAAAAAAUGAAAAUCUGUUGUAUCGUGCAUCAAGGUAAAAUUUUUUCUGAUGCGGUAAGAUCUUAGGAUACAUUUAAACAAGUACGUAAACUGAGGGGAAAAAAUACCUUGUUAAUCUAAUUGAAUGAGAAAAUAGCAUAAUAACGGCGAGCAGCUCCAAAUAGACGUCCGUAAUCAAAGCAAAAAAAAAAAGAAGGCACACCUAAAUAAAUGGAAGGAAAAACGUAUUCGUAUUAAAAUACUCUACCGCUAAUUUUACCUAAACUAAAAGAAUAAUACUAUAAAUAAUAUUCCCAUACGUAAUGUAAUGAUUAAGCUGCGCGUGUGAGUCCGCACGUACGAUGUACUCACGUAUCUCCUCACUUAGCGAAGUACCUACUUACAUACCGUAAUCGUAAUAGUGUUUUAACAUGUAAUGUGCAAAAUGAAAAAGAAUGAAGUAGAACAUAAUAUAUGCGUGUGUAAGAUUUAAACAGUUUUGCAGAAAUUAGGUUUCAAUAAGGUAACGAGAGCACUCGCAGAAAUAUGGUCGCAUUUACGGAUAUUAAUGCUCAGCUGAUUAAAAUACUUGCGGAAUAUACUUUGAAUUUAUUAUUCAAAUGAAAAAAGUAAUGUAGCCUCCUGAGGCGCUGUAAUGGUGCGGUUCAUAAUGAUAAUAGCGAUAUUAUGUACUGCGGAGAUAAUAGUCAUUAAUGAUUAAUGAAACUGUUAAUCAAAUUUAAUUAAUUAAUUAAUUAAAUUUGCUAAUUUGAUAUAAAGUGUAAGUAUAUUUUGUAAUAAAUCAAUGAGGAUUCAACCCAGUUUUAAUUAUAUCUUUCCAUUAGAUUUAUCUGCCAGAUCUGCGGCAGAAGGUGCAUUAAAUGUUUACUUCGCAGGCACAAAAACAGAUGCGUUAUAAUUUUCGACACAUUUUUAUUCGAGUAAGACAACUUUUUAUAGCAUCAAUACGAUCGUCACAUGUCGAGCCAUAUUUCGUGCUUGCACUCGACUUACGCAUAUAGAUAUACAAAAAUAUUAUGGAACAACGCAACACAUAUUUGUAUAUCGGUUCCACUCCACGUAAUCUGUUAUCGUGUUAAGAGUACACAACGUAAUUAUUGUAUAUUUCGUGGCCGUAGCCCAAGGAUCUUUCGGUUGUUCUGUCGGAAUGUCAAAAUGAAAGAGAAAGAGAAGUACGAUCGCGCCUAAACAUACUCCGGCUCAUUGUAUACGGAACAAAAAAAAAGAAGUAAUAUGGUGGAAUCGAAAAAAAAAAUGAGAGGGACGCACGUGACGCGGUUAGCCCCGAGAAUCGGUGUAUCUAUUUAUAUUAUAGAAAAGCUUUAUAGACACAUGACUCUAUUUACGAAUAAUUAUUAUUAUUGUAUUAUUAUUAUCAUUAUCAUCAUCAUCACUAUUAUUCUUUUUAUUUUGUUUUAUAAAUUUACCCGUCAAGUCCACCAUGUAGCUCUCGACUCUACAAGGCGGACGCGCGAGUGUUAGUUUUAUUAUUAUAUUAUUAUUAAAUAUGAGUUAUUAUCAUUAUUAUUGCUUAGUUAUGUUUUUAUGUUAUUGCUACAGACACCGUUAAUUAUUAAGUGACGUGACAGCAGCAACUGCGACGAUGGCGGCGCCGAUACGUCCGACAAAUUAGAGAUAUACGUAAUGCGUAAUAAUAAUUAUUAUUAGUCCGAAGAAUUUGUACAGUAUGGGGCGAUGAGAUUUAUGGCGGCCGUGUUAGUUUCUAUUUACGAUAUAUAUUAAGUCCUUAACUCUUAGCGAGGCGGUGUGUGGCGAAUAAAGGGGAUGGCAUCGACGUACGGAGUAGCGCCGAUUUUUGCGCGCAUACGUCGGAUAUCGACCACAGUGUUGGACUUGAGAAACGGAUCGACGAUAAGGAUUAGCGAUUUUUCUUCCGGAAGUCUCAAAUGAGAAAAAAAAAGGAACAAAUCUUGUCAUAACGAUAAUCAGAAUUAUUGUGUGAUACCGCAUUAUUUUAUUCGAGGAACAGCUUCGGGAAAUUUUUUGUUUCAACUGCUUCGUUGAUCGCUUAUAAACAUUGUUGAUGCGGAAUUUUUACGAGCGUUACAACUGCUCACUUUAUACUUUUACAAUGGGUAUACGAGUAACUUUUAAAAAAAAAGAAGAAAAGAACGAUCGACUUGUUUGAAAAUUGGCACUACAGGUAUUUAAUAACUCUUAGAAUGUAUACUACGUCGCGGAUUUGACACGUGAUUUUCCGAAUUACGCGAAUUAGUCUGCAUCCGAUGUAUCCUAAUCAGUGAGAUCCCUUCUCGAAUCUUUCGCAUGGGUCGGAAGAGUGUAGAGGUAUAAGGCGGAAAUUUUAGAGUAAAAAUUGUGCGGGCGCCGUCCACAUAUGAAGCUUUCUCUUGGCUUAUAUCUAAGCUAGCUGCAGCAACUCUCUAUAUGGUUAUAGAAUAUUAUUCCAAAUAACUGACGCAUAAUCAUAUCAUAUAACGUUCAUGACGCUUCCCCCCGUCCCCCUCCCUUUCCUCCUUACUCCUUCGAACUGUGUCCUUCCACUACUCCCUUUUCCUUUCCGCUUCUACCUCUCUGUCAUUUAUAUACUCGUUCUAAUCUUACCAUUAUCGUAGAUGUGUACUAUGUCGAAUUGAUAGUACCGACUAGGUAUAUCUACUGAAACGUUAAAGAAAGGGAAACACAUAAUAUGUUAGUAGUACAACAUUGCCCGACUUGCCAAACUCGCGUACACGUCUUUCUUGAAUUCGCGUGGCCACGGCCGGUUCUUCGACGUUAAAGCAAAAAUAUUUAUUGAAGCAAGCCCCCCCCCCCCUUCCCACCCAAUCUCCACUUCCCAAACCCCGCGCGAGGACUUCUCUUAUCCGAAUUAAUAAAUAUAGAAUGAACACUAGAGUGUGGCUCAAACAUUGGUUAAACGAUGUAGUAACAUUUAAUGUGCGUGUAUGAGUCGUGGAAGAAAUUUUGCUUUCGAGGAUAAAGAGGGCUGCAUGAAAGUAAUGAAGAUGAGUGAGUCUGAGAGAGAACGCGUGCGCGUAUGUGUGUGUGUGUAUGUGUAUGGCAGGGACCGAGAGCGUGAAAUAUUCAGCGUAAAUCACAUCGUAUUAUUUGUAAGCAAAUGCGAAUCUAUUGGCAACAUUGAAAUUAAUUACUUACCUAUUCUUCGCGUUAAGCGCCGCGUAUUGGUUGAAGGAAGAAAAAGAAAACGUUAUUUAUGAAACAAGUAGUCGAAUCCGUUUGGCGGAAUAUGUAGGAUUGAUACGAGAAAAGAAAUUGUUUGUUAUAUUUUCUUUAUCUAUAGAUGUCAUUGUUUAUUUAUGAGCUGUUUAUUUUACGUAUUUUUUUUCGUAUAUUUGUUUUUGUUAAUGUGAAAAGAAAGGUACUGACGAAUUUUUUUUUUAACGAUAGCAUAGUGUGAAUAUAUCGCUUGUCGUCUCUAUUUUCGUUUCGAUGCGUAUUUUUUUAUAUAGAUAUAUUAUGUAGAUUUUUAAUAUUCUUCGAAGGCAAUGACGCUGUUGCGUACCGUAAUUUCUAAGCUUAAUAGGCAGCAACGAUUUCGGUCGAAUGUCCCGCACGGAUGCCGAAAAAAGAAACUAAUUCUAGUCUUCUUCUUUGGCAACUAAACGCUGACGAUCGGUACGGAACAAUCUCGUUGUCCUUCGCGCAACUGGUUGUAUUAUACUUAUUGCAUUUGUCCGUUCGACCUGUGUGUACUAGUGUAACGUGUGUCCGGCUAGCGUGAACACAAGUCUGGGCACUUGAGGUUGGAGUCGACUGUGAGUAUGCAAAAAUUAACUGUUGAACAGAUUGCUGUUUGGGAUCUAAAUAACAUCGGACGAUGUUGAACAUAUUUAAAAUGUUUCUGUUCGUUCGCAAGAAUGUGUUGACUGUCUUUAUUGUUAUUUUUGGUAAUUGUUUGCCAUUGACGUUGCUCACAACUGAUUCCGUAUAAAGUGAUAAGCUAAUCAGUUUUUAUAUACACAUUAAAUGUUAUUUUUUUAUUGUGGCAGCUUUUUUACGUCUCGAAUUUUUUUUAAUGAUCUUCCUAUGACAGCGCGUCCCGCAUAUGUAAUAGUUUCCCUGAUUUGCACUUGUUAUAACCUGGCGAAACUUGGAGAAAUCCGGUGCAAAACGUUCUUCAGUGUUUGUCUUGACGGUGCAAGGGAUCGUCUCAUUUUGUUUUGUCAUAAGCUGUGCGUGAAAAGUUUACACGGGAAACGUAUUUCAUCGCAACAUUUGGUUGCUCUUCCUGUCACCGAACGCUUUGAUUAAAGUAAAAUUCCCCGAAGUUGUUGACACAGAUUCAAGAGUUAUGUUUAACGGACACUUGUUCUGCUCCGAUUGUUUAAUUGAAUGUUGUUUAUUGUAUUUAAAUAGAAAAACGAAAGGCUGUAUGUCUCGUACAACAAAAGAAGCAGCAAGACCGGGCCUGUGCACAUUUUUAUCAGCAUGGAUGGAAAUUCCAUUUCCAUCGAAUUGUAGAGAUAUUCAUUUCCGAGAUUCUGCAAUUUCUUUGCUCAAAGUUAUAGUCUCUCUUAUUCAGCGCAGUCUGUUUCUGUUCUGUUCUUUCGUGAUGUCACGCAAUAACACUGCGAAACUCCGUAAGUGAGAGAAGUUAAUUGUCAAUUCUAAUUCAAUUCGAGCCCUUUUUAAUAUUCCAUUCUCCCAUGCCGUUUGAAAUUAUCCGAAUGCGGAAUUUAAUCUUUUAAUCGUUAAUUUUGUAUCUAUUGAAUGGAUGGAGAGCCGUACAUUAUCUCAACAAUAUUCUCGAUGUAAAUAUUAAACACCACCCUAACGUUAACAUCGCCCAGUGAAUGAGGAGCCGUAAGAGAAAAUUAAUUAAGACGAAUGAAUCCGCGGGUCUUAACGUAUCGAUGAUACCCAAUUAACGUAAUAAUGUAACGAUAAGCGAGCGUAGCUGUCCUUCAAUACCUACCUACCUACCUACCACGUUAAGUAAUAGGAGUAAUGAAAUAAUGGAGUCUCAUGUCUAUUGACUAUUAAUGAUUAGUAUUAUACCGUACGACGAGAGCUGGUGACGAGAUUGACGACGAUGAUGAUAACGAUGAUGAUGGCGAGCGAGGUGGUAAUUCAUUGACAAUGAAUGUAAAUGUAUCCAUUUUCAAAACUUGAUGUAGAAUUAUAUUCGUAAGCUAUCUAUGAUAUUACAAACGAAAUAAAAACAUAUAGUAAAUUA